AUGGAAGAAGAAACCAACACAAAUUGCUGUUUCUGUAAAAUACGAUAUCUUACAGACGUUAGUAUCUUCACCUCAACCUUUCCUGCAACCAUGUCUCCUUCUUCUUCCUCCUCUUUUACAAGCCAUCAUAAUUCUCUGAAACUCUCUGCAACAAUGACAAAAAUACCCUCCCCCAACGUCCACAGCAACAACCACAAUGAAGAUCUUGAACUCAUUGUAUUAGUUCACCUAAAACAGAAUUACAAUUUGAUGGUGCAAUCCCACCGCGCUGCCACUCGCUACAUUCGACGCCAAUCUAGUAUUGUUGAAGAUGCCUUUCCAAACCAUCAUUGCUUCGUCUCUCUUUCUGAAGAAGGUAGAGAGAUCUGCGUCUCACAUAUACUUAGUGGUAUGGAUGUUAGCCCCGACGUCAUACAGGAAUUGGUACCGCUGAUCACUUCUUUCUGCCAUGAGAAGGCGACGGAGGCGGUACAAGCAGAACAGGAUUAUCUAACGAUCUCGAUGGAUAUCGAGAUUUCUACGACGAAGGUGUUGAAAGCAGAAAAAUGUAGUGGGACGAAUGUGGGUGAAGAGUGCAUGAUUUGUCUAGAUGUGUUCUUGAUCGGGACGGUGGUGACCAGCAUGCCAUGUUCGCAUAUGUUCCAUCCUGCGCGCUUGCAUUGUUGGAUGGUUGAAGGCAGCUAG